AUGCCUGGCACAAUCAGUUUCUUGAGGCAAUCCUUUCCCGGAAAGGCACAAUUUACCGACGAGAACGUCCCAGAUCUUACUGACAAAGUCGUGAUUGUCACGGGCUCCAACACGGGUCUUGGCAAGGAGAUUGCCAGGAUCGUAUACGCCAAGAAUGCCAGAGUUUACAUAAUGGCCCGGUCCGAGAAAAAGUCACUCGAGGCAAUUGCAGACAUCAAGGAGGCCGUCCCCAAUUCUGCUGGAGAGCUCAUUUAUCUGCCUCUGGAUCUGUCAGAUCUGAACAAGGUCAAUGAAUCAGCUAGGGAAUUCAUACGCAGGGAGAGGCAGCUGCACAUUCUCUUCAACAACGCCGGUGUGGGAUACCCGGAGCAGGGCUCCAAGUCCCAGCAAGGUUACGAGCUGCAAAUGGGAGUCAAUUGCAUUGGCACAUUUGCAUUCACCAAGUUACUCACCCCCUUGCUCGUUGCGACGGCCAAGACGGCGCCCACCAACUCGGUUCGCGUGGUCUGGGUAUCCUCGUCGGCCGCCGAAGCCAUCAGCUCCAAGGACUUUGUCGAAAAAGUGCCCAAGGUGGAUGAAAUGAGCGGCUUUGAGCAGUACUGCAUGAGCAAGCUCGGCAACUAUUAUCAUGCCACCGAAUUUGCCGCUCGGCACCGUGCCGACGGCGUUGUUUCGCUCCCGCUGAACCCGGGCAACCUCGACUCGGAGUUUUGGCGUACCCAGGGUGCAAUUAUGACAUACAUCUUAAGAAAGACGCUGCUCUACCCGCCGGUAUUUGGCGCCUACACCAACCUCUUUGCUGCCUUUUCUCCCGAUAUCACUCUUGAAAAGUCAGGAACAUUUGUUGCCCCCUGGGGUCAAUUUUGGGAUGUCUCGCCCGAGAUGCUUGCAGGCGCAAAAUCCACGUCCGAGGGUGGUACCAACAUUGCGAGUGACUUUUGGAACUGGACUGAGGCACAAGUCAGGCCUUAUUUUUAA